AUGCGGCGUGCCUGGGCUCAGCACGCCUGGGCGGCGGCCCUCCUGCUGCUGCUCCUCCCCGGGGCGGCGCAGGGAGACAGGCUGGACGACCUUAUCGCCAGCGUGGAGGACGUGGUGGACGAGAUUGCGGGCCAGGCGGAGGAGGCGUUCAAGAGGCGCUUCCCGACGGUGCUGGCCUGCGAGUGCUCGCGCCACGCGUGCGACGGGGAGUUCGACUUCAGCGACACGUGUCACGAGGAGCUCGGGGAUUCGGAGCUGUGCGGGGAGUGCGCGGGGCAGAAGCUCGACUUCAACAACAGUUUCGUGCUGACGCCGCCAGGAACGGACCCAUUGAAUAUGGGCGCUGAUCUGAAGGAUGCCGUUUGCACAUAUAAGGUGCUGGAUGAGGUGUUCCAAGAUGUGGAGAACGACCUAGGUAUUAGGGCUUGGAGCUACGUGGCCAGCAGCUCUGGUAUCAUGAGGAACUGGCCAGGCCAUGCCAUGGAACGUGGAGAGGAUGUUGCCAAAGGGGAGGGAGAAGAGGAGCUGGGAAACUGCCAGUCCUAUGAUCCAAGAGUGCGACCAUGGUAUGCUGCAGCAACCAGCGGGCCAAAAGACGUGGUACUGGUGAUCGACACAUCAGGGAGCAUGAAUACCAUUGAAAAUGGGAGCAAAGGGUUUGCCACACGGUGGGUUGUGGCACGAGAUGCACUUCUUAAGCUGCUGGAAACAUUUGGCAUUUCAGACUACGUGAACUUGGUGGAGUUCAAUGAUGGGGUCAAGAGCAUAAUUCCUGGGAAGCUGAUCCAGGCCACAGAGGGCAAUUUGGAGGAGUUGAAGACUGAAUUGCUCGGUGUGCGUCCCACGGGGGCGACUGAUUUUCGGCUUGGCCUGGAGUCUGCCUUCAAUUUGCUUAUUAACGCAACACUGAGGAGCUUCAAUAAUGAGGAACUUACAAGCUCGAACUGUCAAAAGGUGAUACUUUUUAUGACGGAUGGUGAAGAUUGCACGCUCAGUGGAAAGAAUUGCUCAAUGCCGAUUCCAGCAAACACGACGCCAGUGGAUGCCGUGCUCGAAUUCAUAGAGAAGAAACAGCAGGAACUGGAAGCCGUAAAUAGCCAGAGGGCGCACAUUUUCUCGUUUUCGUUCGGGUCAGAAGCAGAUGAUGAGAUUCCGAAGGAAAUGGCAUGCCUGAACGAAGGCAUCUGGCACCGAAUUCUGGCUGGUGAAGACCCCCUUGUGGACAUGAACGCCUACACGUCCUACCUGGCGUCCGACAGGCGAGGAGCCAAAGUCAUCUGGUCCCGCGUCUAUGAUGACGCCUUCGGGCUAGGAAAAGUAGUGACGGCCGCAAGGCCCAUCUACGCCCCGGAGACGUCUGUGGGAGAGCCCGGGGGCUUGGUGGGCGUGGUGGGCCACGACGUCAGGCUGGAAGACUUCCAGGAGGCCUCGCCCGACUUCUUAACCACCAUCAAGCGAUUCAUUUCUCGAGGCAUCCAGUGCAUCAAUAUCGAAUUCUCUGGCUGCCAGCUGCAGUUGCUGCGGGGAGAGGAAGCACAGUGCCCCGAGACCUUCGAGGAGGCCGCUUGCUACUUCUUUGAGGACACAGGCGACUACUACACGGCGCCCAAGCUGCCGCUGCUUGACUUCGACGCAGCAGAGACUUAUUGCCAGGAGCGAGGAGGCAGCCUGGCAGAGGUGGACGAGAGACUUGAGGAAGAGUUCCUUGCGGGGCUGGCCUCCAACGGCGGCUCUUGGGUGGGCCUGACCCGCAAGGCGUCGGGAGCGUGGGUCUGGAAGAACAGCGGGGCCCAGGAGCCGCCGGAUUCUGUAGUUUGGACGUUUCUGAACAAUCUCACCGAUCCUGAAAGGGCGUGUGCCACCAUCGACCGGCGCGGAGUGCACAGCAACGUGCAUCCGGAGAACUGUGCGACGAAAACAAGGUUCAUUUGUGAGUUCGACGGACCCGACCCUCCCGGCGAAUGUGAGGGGGAGGAGAUCAUCAGGGUUGACAAGGACUACGAGUACACUGUGCGGCCGGUGUCGACGUGCCGCCCAGAGGAAGAGGCGCUGCGCGACGCAACAGUUGUUUCCCCCGGUGCCGAGCAGCUUCCCGAUAGCCGGGUGAUAUGCCCGAUCACAAUGAACGGCAGCACCACAUUCGAUGUGAGGUGUUGCGACGACUGCCAGCCCUGA